ACUAGAAUAUCUGUAUUCAGUGAUAAGAUUCAUGGAUGACAGCUUUUACGUUUGAGUUCGACUGGACACCUCACAGGUUUUGACUGAAAAUGGAAAAUGCAGAGAGCGGUUGCGAAUAUAAGAACGAAAAUGGAAUUUCCUUAUUAGGCAGCGAUUCAAAGAGAAAAUUUACCAACGCGAAUGAUAACGGCGGCGCUAUAUACAGAUAUAUGCACGACUCUUCGUUUCGGUUGAAAAUACAGCUUAGUGUGUGCAUCGGGUAUCUAGCUUUCACGUUGGGAUGGGUCAAAGGUCAGGUUGGUCCAACAUUUCCUGACAUUCUCCAAAUAACCGGAACGGAUCUAGAACGAGGCUCCGCGUUCAUUACGUCAUUCUAUGUUGGGAGGAUUGUGGGAUCGCUGUCGGGUGUACUGUACGACAGGUGCAACAAACAUCUGUUCUUGGCGACCGUCUGCAUGGCUAAUGGUAUCGUAGUAGCGCUCAUCCCCUGGUGUAGUAUGUUCGAACCGAUGGUCGCCGUAUAUCUCUUACAUGGUGCAUUUGCAGCGGCCAUGGAUGUUGGCUCUACGGCGACAUCUUUCUCAGUGUGGGGCCGAUCAAGUCUUGUGUUUUAUCAGGCCUACCAAUUCUUUGUUUCAAUUGGCGGAAUUUUGUCCCCAUUGGCAGUUGCUCCGUUUCUUGGCAAGUCAGCUCAUAUGCCAAUGGGCACUGGAUUUAACAGGUCUAGUAGCAUCGCAACCAUCAACUCAUCGUCUCUUGAUAUGUUUCAAGCGCCAAACAUCACCUUUGCGAGUUUAAGGAGUGCAACAAUCAAUGGUUCAAAUUUUGACACAGAAGGCACUACAGAGGAGUCUAUCCUGUACAUAGCGUAUUUUAUAGCGGCCGUUUUGGUGUUUGUGUCAGGGGUGCCCUUCAUUUUCUUCUGCAGAACAUCAAUGAAAACAGAGGAAGAGAAUAUUGUGAUUGAAAAUUCCCCUGAAAAAGAAAUCAGCGACGGAAAAACAUCUCGAAAAGAUUUUAGCAAAACAGCAAAAAAUAUGGCAAUUUUAAACAUGUGUGUAUUUAGUGGUUUAUACACAGCGGUGGAGUUAGGCAUGGGAAAUUUUUUGACAGUUUUUUGUCUGCGACAUAUGAAAUGGUCUAAGUUGAACAGUGUGUUUGCUGUUUCAAUAUUUUAUUUGCUCUUUAUGAUUGGUCGGCUUUUUGGGAUUGUCAUUGUAAAAUUCUUCAAAUCUUUAAAAAUAUUGGGGUUUUGUAUGAUAAUGACUAUCAUAUCGUUUACAAUUUUUCUCAUAUGUGCCUUCUACUUGUCCGAAAUUGGGGUGUGGGUGUGUACUGGUGCAGCUGGUCUUUCGGUAUCCAUACUCUUUCCAACAGCAGUAUCAUGGACAAAUAAGGCAAUAGCACCAAUGCUUGGUACGGUAUCCACUCUUGUAUUUGUGACAUCAUAUAUGGGGCCCUUCAUCAAUCCUCCACUCAUGAGCUUCUUGAUGGAGUCCUACGAUUACAUGUGGUUUUGUUAUAUUCUCCUGCUUGAGUGUGUCUUGAUGUUCCUUACAUACUUGGUUAUGGUGUGGUUUGGAAGGAGACGCAGAAACGACGUUGUUUUAUGUAAGGAAUUUGAAAAAUGA